CUUUUGAAACAAAAACAUCACAAAACGAAAGAAAUCUACAAAAAAGGAUAACAAGAAAAAUAAACAACAAAAAAAUCAAAAUAAGUUCUAUUUUUUCUGCUGUUAAUUUAAAAAGAAAAUCCAAAUUUUAAUAUGAGCGACGAGGAUCAAGAUUUUUUGGAAGUAAACCCCGACUCAACAUGGCUGGAAAAGACCACAAUUGGAGGAUUUCGUGUUUGGCACAUUAUUGCCAUAUGUUUGGGAAUAAUAAUGAGCAUAAUCAUAAUGGUGUGUUGUUGUGUACGCUUUCGAAUACCCCGAACAAAACAAGAAAUCGAAGCUGACUACCAAAGAAAACAGAUCACGAAGAAAUUUCGCGAAAAAUUACAACAAAUUAAAAAUUCCGAAAUGGAUGAUAUGGAUUUACAGAAAGUUUGUCAUUUCUACAAUGAUAUGCCAUUGCUUCACGAUAGUCUUGCUUAUAGACAUAAUGCCCAUAUGGCAUGGAACUCGUCUGACGAAAUCCAACAACAACACCAAUACCAAAUGAAAAAAUCCACGCAUGUUGUCGUACUAGCCCAACAAACAACAAAAAUAGUUUUACUCCAUCAUUUUCUCGAUGAAAUGGGCAUAGGUGGUCAUCAUGUUGUCCAUCCCGCUGUUCGAAAAGCCCCACCAUCGCCACUUUAUGUUCCACCACCUGUAGCCAUACACAAGAAUUACCAAGGCAAUAAUCGAAAUCAUCACGAGAUCAAUUCGAAUAGUUGUCAUAACUAUGGUUGUAAUUUGUAAAAAAUAGAAAUCCAAAAAAAAAGAUAUCUAUUUCUAUUCCAUUUGCUUUGCGUUUCUUGCAAAGCAUUGUGGGAUUUUGGAAAUCGGUUCGAACUUUGUUAGUGCAAAAUGAAACUAGCUGUUGCUAAUAUGAAUAUCGGCAUCUUAGACAAACAGAACGAAAAUCGAUAAGCAAUAUUAAACGUUGUUAUUUGUAUCGUAAUAUAGAAUAAUAUGUUAAAUUACCCCUAAUUCUACAUCAUUUUUAUAUACAUAAUUGUUUUAUAUUCAAAAUUUAACGCCAUGUUAAGUCCCUUUGACCCAACCCAUUUUUUCAUAAACCAAUUUUAUAUUACAAAUGUAAAUAUUUUUUAUUAAGCACUUUUCUUUCUCAACUUUUACCUCUUUGUCUUUCUUCCCUUUAAUUUCAUUAUUCUCCUCCUUUUUUGUGUAUUCCAUUUUUCAUUAACCUUAUGCAUACAUAUAUACACCAAACUCAAUCUUCCCAUCUUUUCAACUUAAAACCCCCCCAAAAAAAAAAACCUAUUCACAGCACUUGCUUACAUAAAAUUGGAAGAAUAUGAUGAACCAUAAAUAAAGUAAUAGAAUUUCCACAAAAAGGUGUUCAUUUUAAGGUAAGCUAUUGAUAUUUUACGGUAGUUAAACCAUGCACGCAAUAACGUAGUUAGAUAUGAAUCAUGAAUAUUAAAAUGGAAAAUCGUUAAAUUAACUAAAUUUUAACUAUUAUUACUUCCAGAUUA